UGGAAAUGGCAGCCAAACAAAUGGAAGAAGGACAGAGGAAAUUAGCAAUGCUGAAUUACCCAAGAGCCAAUACCCCUGCCCAGUCCCUCCUCUGUGCCAGCAUGGAAUGAUAUGCCCUUCUCUAAUGGCUCUUCUCCAUGUUAUUUUUCAUCUAUAUAGUGUGCGAUGAAUUACUUUCCUGAUUUUUAAAUUUAUUUGGUGUCAAUUUUGCCGAUUAUUGGGUGAUAAAUCCCCGUUUUCAGAGCAAAAUCUGCAGGGGGAUGGCGUGGAUCGUGACGAGGAAACAUCUCGGAUUCAAUUUUCGUAUUUUCCAGUUUCAUUUUGUGGUUUGCGGAUGUCCAUGGAUUUGGCUGAGAUUGCUAAAUUUCUGGGGAAUACUACUACCAUAGACGGAGAAGCUACACAAGGACGAGAACGCUAUGAAGAUCGAACCGGAAUUCUUCGUCUUAUUGUAAAUCUUGCAGAGGCAAGCAUCUAUGUUGACAAUCCUGAAUGGAGUGUUGAUGAGCAGGUGGCAGGAGACAUACAAUUAAUAGAUGCCAUAGCUGAGAAACAAGCGCAUAUAUUGAAGAGUGCAAGUUGUUCCCAGCAGAUGUGCAAAUUCAAUCUAUAUAUCCGCUGUAAGAAUUAAAUCUUUUCGAAUUCUUGGACUCACCUCUAUGCAGCCAUCCUGCUCUACAAUUUUUCGUACCAAAACAUACCAGCCCGUGUGUCAUUAUACCUUUAUGCAGCAGAUUCAUUUUUUCAGCUAGAAACACAUUGUAGAUGAAUAUCCUUCCUUUUCCCCUUGGACAUGUAAUCAAUGCUUGCUGCUUCUAUGAUAGAGCAUUUUUUGUACUUGUUAUUAGUCUUGAUGUAAGUAAUGCUACAAACCGAUGUAUAUAUUUAUUUCAUUUUACAAUGUACUGUCACCCGUCUAUCUAAAGCUUUGCCUGAUUUGAUUUGUGUAACAGCCUCUCGUUUGUUAUUCAAACUUCUUUGUGUAGUGUGAAUAGACUACUAUUUUU